AUGGCGUCCACUUCCUUUAGAGAUUCGAUGAACUCCCUGGGUUGGUCACGGCGAGAUCAAGAUGUGCCAGUCAAUACGGCGCAGCAGAGCGGCCUCAUGUCGUCCAUCAAGUCGCUCAAUCCAUUCCAGAACAACAGUUAUAUCCAGCUCCCGACUACUGAAGGCGCUGGUGCGCCUCUGCCUGCUGCCAACAGAAGGGAAGAGGAGGAGGGGUUCGCGACCCUCAGUCGGUGGGACCGUCUGCUCAUCUUCGGUGCCUGCAACCUAGGCGCCCUUGCCUGCUUCGUCCUCUGCUUCGUCUUUCUCCCAGUGCUAUCUGUGCGGCCGCGCAAGUUUGUCAUUCUCUGGACACUCGGCUCCCUCCUGUUCCUGGCGUCCUUCGCGGCCGUAAUGGGCCCGAUGGCUUACGCGAGACAUCUUACGUCUGGCACACGUCUGCCAUUCACUGCGGCCUACUUUGGAUCGCUCGCGCUGUCCAUGUACUUUUCGCUCGGUCUCCACAGCACCAUUCUCACCUUGAUUUCGGCUGUCAUCCAGCUCGCCUGUCUGGUGUGGUACCUCGUCAGCUACUUCCCCAUGGGCUCGAGUGGCUUGCGGUUGGCCACCACCUUCGGAGCCAGAAGAGCGGCUGCCUGGAUGACUGGGUAA